AUGUCCUUUUGUUUUUCUUUAUGUUUAUCCUUCUAUUUGUCUUUUUGUUUGUCCUUCUGUUUGUCCUUCUGCUUGUUUCCUCCUAUUUGUCUUUCUGUUUGUCCUUCUUUUGUCCUUGUUUGUUUCCUUCUGUUUGUCCAUAUAUUUGUUCUUCUGUUUGUCCUUAUAUUUGUCCUUAUAUUUGUCCUUCUCUUUGUCCUUCUCUUUGUCCUUCUGCUUGUUUCCUCCUAUUUGUCUUUCUGUUCAUCUCCUUUUGUUUGUCUCCUGUUUCUUCUAUUUUUUCUCCUUCUAUUUGUCCUCCUUUUUCCUUUUGUUUGUCUUUUGGUUUGUCUCCUUCUAUUUGUCCAUCUAUUUGUCCUUUGGUAUGUCUCUUUCUAUUUGUCCAUCUGUUUGUCCUUUGGUAUGUCUCUUUCUAUUUGUCCUUCUGUUUGUCCCUCUAUUUGUUUCAUUCUGUUUGUCCUUCUAUUUCUAUUUCUGUUUGUCCGUUUGUUUGUUCUGUUUGUUGCCUUGUAUUUUUCCUUCUUUUUCUCCUUCUGUUUGUCCUUGUGUUUUGACAUUCUGUUUAUCUACUUCAGUUGUCCUCUUAUUUGUCUCCUGUUUGUCUUUCUUUUUGUCUCCUUCUAUUUAUCCUCCUUUUUGUCCUUCUGUUGGUUUCCUUUUGUUUGUCCUUUAGUUUGUCUCCUUCUACCUGUCCUUCUAUUUGUCUCCUUCUAUUUGUCCUUCUAUUUGCCUCUCUCCUCCUAUUUGUCUCCUCCUAUUUGUCUUUCUAUUUGUCCUUUAUUCGUCUCCUUCUAUUUGUCCUUCUAUUUGCCUCUCUCCUUCUAUUUGUCUUUCUAUUUGUCUCCUUCUGUUUGUUCUCCUGUUUCCCUUUCUGCUUGUCCUUUUAUUUGUACUUCACCAUGCAAUGCAAUGCCAUGCUCUGAUCUCUCUCUCUCUCUCUCUCUCUCUCUCUCUCUCUCUCUCUCUCUCUCUCUCUCUCUCUCUCUCUCUGUGCUUUAG